AUGACAUCUGGAGACUUUGAUCUCUACCCACCGCAAGACGACUACGCAAAUCUAGCCGCGGCAACGCAGUCGUACAUACCUGCCACCUCUUACGCGGAUGGCUCAUAUCUCACAACCUUUGACUCUUAUCCCUCAGUGCACGCCUACUCCAAUGUAUCUAGCUCGCAAGAGCCCCAUUACAGCCUCAGCGCACCAUCUCACAGUAUCGAGAACAUGACACCCGCAGGUUCUCCAGCCCACUCGAUGUCGUACUCUUUCGAGACCAUGCCACGAAUGAUCUCAACAGCUUCAGAAUCUGACGCAUCGAUUCAAAGCACGUCUUCAUCUGCAACGGGCUCCCCUUCACAGCACCCGCACUACCAAGAGCCUUGGACGAGCUUCGACCAAGGUUUCAACGGUGCUGGGGCUCCUGAGUCUUUCGAGUCGUCCGGCUUCGAGUACCACGCCCUCGUCCCAGCAGACAAGCUCGGCUUUGUGGAUCCCACUCUGAUCCAGCCUUUCCCUUCGCCGUAUCCGUAUCCGUAUUCUGCGCAAUCUUACCCCGCGUCGCCGUACCCCGACGCUCAAAAUCCACCAUCCCCUCAUUUCCCCUUCGUCGAGCAACCGCCAUCACCGGCGACCUCAAGCACCUCCAACCAAGCACCAUCGCGGCAGUUCAAGCGUAGCCAAUCACCGUUCCUCCAGACUAUUGGGUGGCAGCCAUAUCCCAACCUUAACGGCGGCCGAAGACCAUCCCUAGCAUCGAUACAUUCGCGCCACUCGCAGUCCAGCCGGCGCAGUGGGUCAUUCGAGCUCGACGAUGAGACACGGGAAAAGGGCAUGUGCCCGAUCCCAGAGUGCGGCAAAGUGUUCAAGGACCUUAAGGCGCACCUGUUUACUCACCAAAAGGAGCGCCCCGAGAAGUGCCCCAUUACGACCUGCGAGUUCCACGUCAAAGGUUUCGCCCGCAAGUACGACAAGAACAGGCACACCCUGACGCACUACAAGGGCACCAUGGUCUGCGGCUUCUGCCCAGGCUCCGGGUCCGCGGCGGAGAAGAGCUUCAAUCGCGCCGACGUCUUCAAGAGGCAUUUGACCUCCGUCCACGGUGUCGAGCAGAAUCCGCCAAAUAGCCGCAGAAAGUCGCCGGCUUCGGCCAAGAGGCCCUACAGCACCUCCUCCCAGACCACUGCCGGAACGUGCUCCACCUGCUCCGUCACCUUCGCCAACGCGCAAGAGUUCUACGAGCAUCUCGACGACUGCGUCCUGCGCGUCGUGCAGCAGGCUGACCCUAGCGAGGCCAUCAACCACAAGCUGCUCUCAUCCGUCGCUGACGAUGAAGACGUCAAAGCAACCAUGGACCGCCACUGCCUCACCAACGAGACCGCCGCCGACUUCGCGCCUGCUUUCGACGAGGACACCGAGGAGAGCGAGGAGCUCGAGGACAACGACGACGAGAACGACGCCUCCUACGGCGUGCGCAGCUCCGGCCGCACUUCUGCCAGGGCCAGCAAGAGGACCUCGAGCAGUGGGCGCGCAGGCCUCACCUACAGCAAAGGCGGCAUCGGCAUGAGCGGCGCCGGGCGCAAGAAGCGCAAGAACUACCCGCCUAGCUGGGGCUGUGCGACAGACAAGAUGCGCAUGAAGAAGAGGGUCCUGUGCGUCUAUGACGGGCCCAGGCGCCUGUGGAAGGACGACAUGAUGCUCGAUCAGGAGUUUGAGGUCCGGAUGAAGCUGCCGGAUGGGAAGAACUACGUCACGGAUCUCGACGUGCAGACGCUGAAGCGGGCGGAGGCGAUGCAUGGAGCCACCGAGGAGGAGAGAGGGCCGUGGAGGCCGGAUAAUGUGCAGGAGGUUGAUGUUGAGGAGCUGAUGGCUUGA